UUUUUUUUUUUUUUCUCACAACCAUAAUUCCAACAUGUUCCCCUCUUCUUCUCCUCUAUGUAAUUCUACUUUAUUAUCGUUCAUGAAUCGUAGUUUCAGUACGGUAGUGAAUAAGAAAAAAGAGAUUAAGCAUGUGACUAUUAUUGGAGCAGGACUUAUGGGUUCAGGUAUUGCACAAGUUGCUGCACAAGCCAACUUUACAGUUCAACUUACGGAUACCUCUGAUAAGGCACUUGAAAAUGCGCAAUCCAUUAUCAUGAAAUCCCUCACUCGAGUUGCCCGAAAACGAUUCCCCUCAGAUGAAACUCAACAGGGGGACUUUAUGGACCAGACGCUAAAGAAUCUUCAUUUCUCUACACUUCCAGUUCCAGAGUCGACUGACUUGGUCAUUGAGGCUAUUGUCGAAAACAUGGAGGUUAAACAACAACUCUUUAAAAAAUUAGAUAAGGAACUAAAUAAGGAUGCCCUGUUUUGUUCAAAUACUUCCUCCUUGCCUAUCUCAUUGAUUGCACAGGCAACUUCUGAUAGUCGUCGCUUUGCAGGCUUGCAUUUCUUUAAUCCAGUACCAGCUAUGAAGUUGGUAGAGGUCGUUAGGACUGAUCGUGUGACGAAUGAGGACUUUGAAAGCUUGAUGGAAUUCUCGAGACGUGUUGGAAAGACACCUGUCGCUUGUAAAGAUACACCAGGUUUUAUUGUAAAUCGUCUUUUGGUACCUUAUAUGAUGGAGGCAUUCCGUAUCAUUGAUCGUAAAGAGGCCUCUAUUGAAGAUAUCGAUACUGCCAUGAAAUUAGGUGCCGGUAUGCCAAUGGGCCCAUUAGAACUUGCUGAUUUUGUUGGUUUGGAUACAAUGAAGUUUAUUGUAGAUGGUUGGGAAAAAGAGGGUAAAAUAGAUCCUGCUCUUACAAAGCCUUCUCAUGUCUUGAAUAAACUUGUAGAUGAAGGUCAUUUAGGACGUAAAUCUGGUAAAGGUUUUUAUGAUUAUUCUAAAAAAUAAUAAAAUAAAAAAAAGGGAUUUAUUUUUUCUUAAACAAAAAUGAAAUGAAA